AUGUAGGUGUCAAUGUUUUAUUUACUACUUCAUCCCCUUGUCGGUGUGUCCUCUGAGCUUGUGUUCUGCUCUCCCCUUUCUCUCUCUCUCUCUCUCUCUCUCUCACUCUCACUCUCACUCUCUCACCUGUGGACAGAGCUCCGUUGUUGAACUCCGGUGAUUCCUUCCUCAAAACCGAUCUCAGCCGUCCGAUGCUUCGUCAGAGCUCAAUCUCACAGGUCUCUCUCUUUCUCAAUGUGUCACUUUUGUCGGUCUUAACAUUUUCCUUUUCAAUUAUAUAAUAUUAAUGCAGAUUAAUCUCCAUUAACGCUUCUCUUUUGGAGCUUUCUCUUUGUUCCAUUUCCAGAUCUACCACACAUCUUCUCUCUCUUUUUCUCUCUCGAAGAUUCUAAACCAAAUCUUCAAGUAAUUUUGUUCUUUUUCCCCUGUAAUCACUCUCAAUCAGUCACUAUUUGUUUAUUUUCUCUCAAUCUUCUCCAAGUCGUCCUCUAAAGCACUUUUUGUACCUUUUCUCUUUGGCUUUCCCAAGCAUUCCUUUAAACAAACACAGAAAAAAUUCGUACCUCCGCUAACCGCCCAUAGAAAAAGUUUAAAUUUACGAAAAUGCUUUGCUUCAUCUUCUCGGUUUUCCUCUGCUUCUCAACCAUUGCACCGAUUCUGAACUCUGUGGCGCUCCCGGAAAUGAUAACGUGCUCGGGGAUGGCACCGAUGAAGUACCGGAACGACAAGAUCUCGAUUACGGACUUCGGGGGUGUCGGUGACGGACGGACGUUGAAUACGAAGGCGUUUCUGGAGGCGAUUUAUCGGAUUCAGCACAUGAGGAGGAGAGGUGGCACGCUGCUUUAUAUACCUCCUGGGGUUUACUUAACGGAGAGCUUCAAUCUCACCAGCCACAUGACCCUCUACUUGGCUAGAGGUGCUGUUAUCAAAGCCACUCAGGAUACUGGGAAUUGGCCUUUAAUUGCUCCUUUGCCAUCUUAUGGAAGGGGGAGGGAGCUCCCUGGAGGAAGGUAUCAGAGUUUUAUUCAUGCAGAUGGCGUUCGUGACGUGAUAAUCACUGGUGAGAAUGGGACAAUUGAUGGCCAAGGAGGUGUCUGGUGGAACAUGUGGAGGCAGAGAACUCUUCAAUUUACUAGGCCGAGUCUCAUUGAAUUCAUGAACUCCAGAAACAUUAUCAUUUCCAAUGUGAUUUUCCAGAAUUCUCCAUUUUGGAACAUUCACCCUGUCUAUUGCAGCAAUGUAGUUAUCCGCUAUGUUACAAUAUUGGCUCCAUCUGACUCUCCCAACACUGAUGGCAUUGAUCCAGAUUCAAGCUCUCAUGUGUGCAUAGAGGACUCAUACAUAUCAACUGGAGAUGAUCUUGUGGCUGUGAAGAGCGGGUGGGACGAAUACGGCAUUGCUUAUGGUCGUUGUAGCUCCGACAUCACAAUCCGACGGAUAACAGGAUCGUCCCCAUUUGCUGGAAUUGCAAUUGGAAGUGAAACCUCCGGUGGGGUUGAGAAUGUGUUGGCAGAACAUAUAAACCUUUUCAACAUGGGACUUGGCAUCCAUGUGAAGACAAACAUUGGUAGGGGAGGGUUCAUAAGAAAUAUAACAAUAACUAAUGUGUUUAUGGAAAAUUCUCGAAAGGGGAUAAAGAUUGCAGGCGACGUUGGUGGCCACCCUGAUGACAGAUUCAACCCAAAUGCUCUCCCGGUUGUCAAGGACAUCACUAUCAAGAAUGUCUGGGGUGUGAAGGUUCUGCAAGCGGGUUUGAUAAAAGGCCUGAAGAACUCUCCUUUUACAGGGAUUUGCCUCUCUAACAUCAAUCUCCAUGGCUCCACACCAACCGGCCCAAGAAGUUCUCCUUGGAAGUGCUCCGAUGUAACCGGAGGUUCUCAUCUGGUCAACCCAGGGCCAUGUUCAGAGCUGUGCAGCACUGAUCAGAACGAUUCAUGUUCCAGUCACUUCUAAUACUUGGUAUUUUUUUUAUUCAUCCUUUUAAAAUGAGAUAAAUAUUUAUAUA